AUGAUCACAAAUAAAAUCUUGUAUAAUAAAAAAAUUAAUGUAAAAGUCACUACACCCGAUGUCGCAGGAACUUUGAUGGGAUCAAAAGAAGUGAAACUUUACGGAGGAGCUAUAACAUGCCAAAUUCCUUCAUUAUUUGAAGAUUUAUGUGGAUUUCUUCCCGUUCCUGAUAAUCAAGAAGUCUUUGUAUAUCAUUUUAAUGUAAAUAAUAACUCUUCUUCAAGUUCACUGACCUAUGAUUUCGUUUUAUCCUUCGAGAUUCUGGAAUAUUUGCAAGACCAUGACGAGUUAGCUGCUGGAAGGAAACUUUUUGAGGACCUCGCCUCGACUAACGAGUCUAGGAAUUCGGAAAUAGAAAAUAUUUACGUGGGUCAGUGUGUAAACUUAGGACUCCCCGAGAUGUUUCCUUGUGUUUCUCUUUCAGGGACAAUGGAAGUGACACGCUCAAGAAACAGAACUGAGGAUUUCCAUAAGGUAAUUGUUCUUUUGUACGACGUUAGAAUGCCAAGUAUGUUCCCCUUAGUAUACCAGAGAUUAGGAUAUAAAUGCGAAUUCAUGGUCACAUAUACUUACCCGGUUGACUCCGGAGUGGGAAUUUCUGAAAACAAAAAGAUUUUUGAAGACAUUGUAAAAACCAUUAGAGUCCUAAACACAAAUCUAUUCCCAGCUUAG